GAAAGUGUGUGUGAGCUGAAUUGAGCAGCAUGGAUCAGUGUGAGGACAGAGAGGAGGGAGUCCCUCCCUCUAAAAGCACUCUGUGUGGGGAACAUGAGAGCCAGACCAAAGCUCAGAGGAACCCACGAGGAACUAAACGCAAACAUGAACCCAGCUGUGUGUCCUUACAGAGUGACACGUCGAAUGGUCACAUCGCUAAUUUUAAAUCCCAGCCUGUGUCUGCUGCAGAGAGGAUCAAAGGGAGACCUGCUGGACCUGAACCUGAACCCAGCUGUGUGUCCUUACAGAGUGACACGUCAAAUGGUCACAUCGCUAAUUUUAAAUCACAGCCUGUGUCUGCUGCAGAGAGGAAGGAACGAGGAACUAAACGCAAACAUGAACAUGAACCCAGCUGUGUGUCCUUACAGAGUGACACGUCAAAUGGUCACAUCGCUAAUUUUAAAUCCCAGCCUGUGUCUGCUGCAGAGAGGAAGGUGUCCGUUCAGGCAGUACAUGCCCAGCAAACCGGCCAGGUACGGGAUCAAGAUAUGGGUCGCGUGCGACGCCCAGUCCAGCUACGCGUGGAAAAUGCAGGUGUACGCCGGCAAGCCCGACAAGCUCGGUCCUCCCGAAAAGAACCUGGCCGCCCGAGUGGUCAUGGACCUCACCGAGGGACUGGCGCCUGGACGCAACGUCACCUGCGACAACUUCUUCACGUCGCGCGAGCUCGCGACGAGGCUUUUUCGCGAAAGAGGCCACACAUUGCUGGGCACCCUCCGAGCCAACAGGCCUGAGAUCCCCAGAGAGCUGCGCUGCGUCAAGGGCAGGGCCGUCGGCUCCACCCAGGCCGCGGUGCUCCGCGGCGGCCCGGACGGCUGGUCACCCAACGCGGUCGUCCUGUCCUAUGUGGCGAAAAAGAACAAGAACGUGCUACUCCUCACCACCUCUCCGCGCUACGUCGGGCCCUCCGGGUCGCCGCUGGAGCCGAGCAGCAACCCCGACGGCGGCGGGGGCGGCUCUGCGAAACCCUCAAUGGUGCUGCAUUACAAUCGCACCAAGGGAGGCGUCGACAACCUAGACAAGGUUGUGGGGACCUACAGCUGCAGGAGAAAGACUUCUAGGUGGCCCGUGGCCCUUUUCCACAACAUGGUGGACGUGGCGGCCUACAACGCGUUCGUCCUCUGGAGGGAGAUCCACCCGGACUGGAUGUCGGGCAAACUCAACAAACGAAGGCUGUUCCUUGAGCGUCUGGGCAAAGCGCUCGUUCUCCCGACGCUCGAGGCCAGGGGACGACGAGGAACGCGAGGAGGAAGGCGAGAAGGAGAAGGAGAAGGAGAAGGAGAAGCCGUCUCCACUCCUGAUUCCCGCCGCGACGAACCGCGGGAAACCCCGGUCAAGAGGCAGAGGUGCCGCGUCUGUCCCAGGAGCAAGGACGUCAAGACCAAGAUCGUUUGCUUCGCCUGCCACGUGCAUGUGUGCUCGAGGUGCGCGCUCACGUACUGCCCCAACUGCGCCGCGGCCCGCUGUCCGGUUUCGCGACGAGACCCCUCCGACGACGACGAGCGCCGGGGCCCACCUGUGUCUGCUUGACCCCUCUUCCUUUCUCUCUCUCCCUCUCCACCUCCGAAGAUGGUCGAGAAAAGCUACCUAUUGACACACCAACUACUCGUAGGCCGAGCGCGUCUGCGUCGACGACUCGGGACAUUCACGAGCUCCUUCUCCAAAGCUCACGUCACUGGGAAUGGACACGUACGGUCGUGACAGCAGCAACGACGGCGAGAACGGCGACGAGGGGAUCCCGGUCUCUGAAUCGGACCGAAUCGGACCGAUUGGAGAGCGCGAACCGGGGGAGGAGCGAUCGUCGCGGAAACCGAACGAGCGUCCCCGUGUGCUUCAGGGAUCACCCGCCAGUCGCUACUGGGACAAACACAAAAGAAACGCACCGGUUCAAGCCGUGGCACCGUUCGACGGGACGUGCGCGUGUUCCGUUUGCAGAGUCGAGAAAACCCGGCGCGCUUCAAACGCCACCCCAGAAACAGCGAGAGACGUCUUCCGACACUAUGCGUGGAUUUUCGAUCCGCCGCAACCGCGCGGCCGCCGUCGCAAUCGAUGGAGGGUUACAGCCGUUUAGGUGUCUUUGUCUGAUGCUGCGACGGGACCCGCUUUAACCGGGGGUCCGCCUGACCCCCACCUCCCCCACCCCAAGCUGCCUCCGCAGCCCUUUGUUCCGUUUCGUGACGAGAUCUGGUUCCGCGCUACCGGGGUCCGCGUGACCCCCUCACACGCACACACCUCUCUCCCUCAACCCCCCCUCACCGAGCCUCCGCGCAAGAUCCAGCUGCACCACGAGCUGGGGGUCCGCGUGACCCCGCUCCCCGAGCGUUUUCUUUUUUUUUUCUUUUGGUCCAGGCCCAGGGCUGCACAAGGGUUAAGGGAUCGAGCGCCUGAAACACGGACAGUUUGUUGAUAUUGUAAAAAAAAAUUCAGCCACAGGGGGGCGUUUUAAAAACGCACUCCCCUGUUGCGCAUGUCCCUAAUGGUAUGCCCCCCGUACAUCAUCAUUUCCCUCCGCGGAUACCACGCCUCGGUCGGAAAACAGCCCUCGGUCGGAAAACAGCCCUUCCUCAGAAAACAGCCCUCGGUCGGAGCGGCCUUACCCCGGUCGGUACACUUAGGAUGGGAUAUAUACGCCGGUCGGGAAGGAAUCUCGGUCGGCUUUGCGAUAGACCAAAAUAAGUGCCUGCAUUUAGAACUGGAUGCGAAGCAUAAUGUUUUUCUUUGUGAGUUUACUGCUUCUCGUUCCCGGAGCCGCGAACGAUGUGUUCUGCAAACCCUUUUCCACCUGCGUGGUGCCCGGAUUACCUUAUCCGGGAGGCCGAGACCCGGUCAUCCACUGGUAUUCAAACUGGAAAAAAGUCUAUUAUUUUUACUUGACGGCUCCUCGUCCAGAUUUCCUGAACCCGGAGUACCAAGAUGGCAAGAAAUUCGAUUCCCCAGGAGCCCCUUGGAACACCGACCUCGUCAUUUACAAUUUCACCGAAAGCGACAUAGGUCCAUACAGACUGUUCAUUUCGACCUCAAUCGACAGUUCUGAAUACGACAUAAAUGUCACCAUUGCAGACAACCCACGCGUAAUCCUAGAGCGAGCCAAUUCCACUUUUACCUGUUUCGCGGACUCGACUCGGCGGGGUCCUAAGCCAACCAAAGUCACGUGGACUGUUGAAAAACAUGGAACCAAAGAGGAGUUCUCCGAGUCUCCCCCGAGCACGAUAACUGUCAAUGCGGACAAUUUCGCCGUCGGGUGUUUCGCUAGCACCAUUGGUGGAAACUUCACCUCUGAGUACGUGGUUAGAGAAAGUUAUGUCGCCACCGAAGGAGUUCACCGAGCCGACUGCGGACAAUCGGCCCUACAUGGCCCCUGGGCAGCGGAAACCAUCACGUCGUGUCGAGUCACGGGAGCAGAGUCUUGCAAAGCUUUUUGCUUUCGGAGCAAAGAAGAUCGAAGCGCUUACUUUGACAACAGACUGAUGUACCGCUAUUUGCCCAACCCCUCGAACGGGUCCGUCGGGAGCAUCGAAAAUCGUCCUGAGUCGGCGAUAAGGCCUUCGGACGGGCUCGGCUGCAUCACCGGGGGCUCUUGCAUGAGAAUAUUGUUGGGGCUGGGGCUGAUGCUAGCCACCGUGCUCGCGAUUGCGAUGGGGGCAUUUUGGCACAUGAAACGGACAAGGAAAAGUUGGUCCCCACAGUCAAUCGAGCAGUAUGACCAUAGAGGCUCUCUGCUUCCUAUUCGCUCUCCUCGACCGCAGAGGCAGCAGAAGGACAGCCUGUAAGCGUAAUCUCUUUCAACGCAUGGAAUAGUUUGCAUGCAUCAAAGAAUCUAUGCGUAUUGUUGUACAGCACUGGUGAUUAUGAAGAAUAUGCAUUCUUAACCUUGUUUGCUUGUGUGACCGUAUGUAUUCUUACGAGUAUAACCACAAAUGUAACCAUAUGUAUUCUUACAAUUAUAACCACAAAUGUAACCACAUGCCGCCUGCUUUCAAAUAAACUAUCUGAAAGUGUACGAAUAUACGCAGGGAUACUUUCUUGAUACCUUGUUUGGGUGCGUGUAUGUAUGUAUGUAUGUAUGUAUGUAUUCUUAUGAUUAUAACCACGAAUGUUUGUAACGUCUUACAGAAAGUGGCCCAUGUAGCUGAUAUGUUGAGCACAACACAAUACAAAUACAGUGGUAAUUGUGGCAGUGUAAGCCUUUAUUUGAACCCUGUAAUAAAUUUCAGAAGCAAAGAA